CUCCAUCGCGACCGUCCCUGCUCACUGCUCACUGCUCACUGCUCUGGCUCUCGUUCUUCGCUCUCGAAUCUCCAUCUCCCACUCGCCGCACUCACGCUGAGUUGCUGGGGCUGCUGCCUCUGCCUCUUGCCGCUGUUGGCGUCUGUGUCUCCAUCUCUGCCUCUCGUUCUUCAUUCUCCGGCCUCCGUCUCCAUAUCUCCAGUUUCUACCAAACCAACGCUCCAUGUCAAGCUUUCAUGAGGAUGCAAUCUCCCUCUCAAAUCUUGAGGGGAAAAUCGGGGGAAGGUGAUGAAGAGGAUAAGAGAAGUAGUGGAGGCUUGAAUAGACGUUUCUAUCACAGGAAACAAAGGGGAUGAAUUGAUGUUAUAGCUGCAAGCAGAUUGAAAGAUUAAUGGUCGGAGAAAAUGUUUUAAAAAUGUAGCUAGUGAAGCUUUUGGAGCUCCUAAAUUUGCAAGCCAAAAUCCAGGUCUCAGAUGCAAAAAUGAUGCUAAGAAGUCGAGUAAUGAGCCUCCAUAAUCCUCAUCUCACAUGGAUUUCUUCGAAAUUUGGGAAAAUUGAUACUUUUUCUCUCUCUUUCCAAUUCCCUCUUUCACAUUCAACCAGUGGAAACCCAAAGCAGCAUGUUUUGGCAUCCUCCAAGACUCAAAAGCCUUCAUCUUCGGGUACAGACAAGUUCAUUAAAACUUUCUUAUUUGUUCCCCCGGGAGUAGAGCUCAAUGAGGUCAACGAGGAUAUGAUUCUUCCUGGAUCCAACAUAGUUGUCGGGCCCUACGCUGGUGAUGCCCGUAUAAAGGAGGUUGAGUUUGUGAAGAGCAGUGGUCGGGCUAAGGACUGCCCUAAGGAUGACCGACCGGAAUUCGCUAUCUUAGGUCGCUCCAAUGUGGGAAAGUCUUCCCUCAUAAAUUCUCUGGUUCGCAAGAAGGAAGUUGCUCUCACAUCUAAGAAGCCAGGAAAAACACAGCUUAUCAAUCAUUUCUUGGUGAACAAAAGUUGGUAUAUCGUGGAUUUGCCUGGUUAUGGCUUUGCCAAAGCAUCGCAAGCUGCAAGAAUGGAUUGGUCCUCAUUCACAAAAGGCUACUUUUCAAACAGGGAUACUCUGGUUGCCGUCUUGCUUCUCAUUGAUGCAAGUGUUCCACCUCAAAAGAUUGACUUUGAUUGUGCCAAUUGGCUGGGGCGCAAUAAUAUUCCCAUCACUUUCGUCUUCACAAAAUGCGACAAAAUGAAGGUGGGAAAGGGAAAAAGGCCUGAUGAGAACAUCAAAGAUUUUCAAGAGCUGAUCAGACAAAAUUACCGGCAACAUCCUCCGUGGAUUAUGACCAGCAGUGUCACUGGACUCGGCAGGGAUGAGCUUCUCUUGCACAUGUCACAGUUAAGAAACUAUUGGGAUCAGUAGCAGCAAUUUUGUUUUUAAAGAAUUUUUUAAACAUUCAUGAAGAGUUAACUAUGUACGAAGGGUUCGGC